AUGUCUUUGAACAAAAACAAUAUCAGAGAGUACAAGCUAGUUGUAGUAGGUGGUGGUGGUGUCGGUAAAUCGGCAUUGACCAUCCAGUUGAUCCAGUCACAUUUCGUAGACGAAUAUGAUCCUACUAUAGAAGAUUCGUAUAGAAAGCAAGCGGUAAUCGAUGAUAAGGUGUCUAUCUUGGAUAUCUUGGAUACUGCUGGACAAGAGGAGUACUCUGCCAUGAGAGAACAGUACAUGAGAACAGGAGAAGGUUUCUUGUUAGUGUAUUCCGUGACCUCGAGAACGUCUUUUGAAGAACUAAUGACGUAUUACCAACAAAUUCUUAGAGUGAAGGAUUCCGAUUACGUUCCGUUGUUUGUGAUUGGUAACAAGUCUGAUCUCGAGGACGAAAGACAAGUUUCAUACGAAGAGGGCCAGUCUUUGGCCAAGCAAUUCAAUGCCCCCUUCUUGGAAACCUCUGCUAAGCAGAAUAUUAACGUAGAGGAGUCGUUCUACGGACUAGUCCGUCUAAUCAGAGACGGUAAGGGUUACGACAAGAGCGCUUCUUCGGGCGCACAGAACGAAGCUUCACAGGACCAAAACCAGGCUCCUGGGUCAGUGCAAGAAAAUGGUGCAAACAGUGACGAAGGUUUCGCUGACACCGGUAAUGGAACUGAAGAGGCUCAGCCGAAUAAUGCUAAUGUUAAACAAAAAACAGCCAAAUCAUCUACUCAAACGAAGUCUACCCCAGCCAACAACCAAAGAUCAACAAAACCUAACCCUCCAAAAACCCAAUCCGACAAAGGUGGGUCUGGAUGCUGUAUUAUCUGUUAA